UUUCCACCGUAUCCAGCUAAAUCACGAUGGAAUUCUACCGACUGAUGGUGAGUUGUCUACUGCUGCUAGUAGUAACCGAAACCAAGGUCUCAGGUGCAUACUUUGACGCGGCUCCGAGUACAUACUGUACCAUCCCGCUAGAUGUGGUGGCCGGUAAAAAUGUCGUCCCGGCGGAUUUGCAAGCCACGUGCAACCGAAAGCGGCAGGAAGGUGAGGAAAAUAUCAAACAAGCGGUUGAAGCUAUACGUGCCCACAUUAUGAAACAGGUAGCUGCAACGGAUCCGAUAUGGAACGAAGUUAAGAAGUUCACCGCCAUCUUGCCAAAUCUACUAGAGACGCUCAAAAAGAAUAAUAGUCAACAUGAGGUGGAUGAGUUGCGUACACGUGUGCUAGUGGCAGCGAUAGAGGCCGGCCGUACGUCGGAAGCUCUCACGCAGUAUCUCAUUCUCGGUGCGUGGAAUCAGUGGCAAGAUAUAGUGGAUCGGAUCUAUCAGAAUUCGCGCCGUCACCCGAGACACAUCGAGAAUCUGCUGAGUUUCAUUCGGACACUUCCCGCGCGGGAGGAACGUGUCGAGUUUUAUCACUACCUGAAGAAGCACAUGGUCGAGAAGAAGGACUACGGAUCGUACCUGGGUGCGAUGUUUGCUCAAGAUGCCCGCCAUGUGGUGUUCGAUGCGGAUGGUAAAACACCCCUGAACGAGAGUGAUGUAGCAGCAUUAUACACCACGAUGAUCGACGGUGCUACAGAAUUCUUCCGCAAAGCGCUACUGACCGGUGCCGAACGGUUAGAUCUCAUCCUGUUGGAGCGUAACUAUCCCGACCUGUUUGAUAUGCUGUUCGAGCCGAUCUUCAACAUAACGGCGCAAGAAAUGCGCAAAUUUAACUCGUGGAAGAUGAUGGAGGCACUGUGCGCGGUGGAUCGGCCGAUGGUGAAGGUUCGCAUGUUCCAGAAAACUAUAAAUCUGUUGUUGAAACAUUUCCAAUGGCCGAAAGAGAACGAGUUUUAUGCACCGAUGCUGGCCGGGUACUUUGAGGUUUGUCUACCACUGAUCCAGAAGGUACCGGAAACGAAAGACAUAAUCACCGACGUGAAAAACACCUUCACCAAGUUUCGAAAGGAUAUGAACUACGAUAAAUUCGCGAAAGUUAUGGGUAAGAAAAUACAUGCAUACGCGGGAUAGUGAAGGUCGCGCGGCAGUACGUAAAAAAUCUGUAAAAAUCCAAAUAAACCGGAACCCGUUCUGUGCAAUGCAACGCGGCUUUACAU